CGGACACCGAUACUGUGUACUGCAUUCAUAUUAGGAGUAAUAUGGUAGUGUACCGGUCUGAACACAGCUGUGUAACCGUGUGUGUGUGUGUGAUGAGACUGAACUCAUCUGUCUUCGAGCGGACUCGACUCACUCUCCUGAAGCAGCGCAGCAGAGCAGCUCGGUUCUUCUUCAGAUGAAGAGCAACAGAGAUGAGAGGAUGGAAGUUAUCUGUGGAUCUCCAAACUAACAGCUCGAGCACAUCAUACAUGACCACCUGACUUCUGACGGACUCUUCCUCGAUGUUCACUGUUCCUCCUCGGCUCUGCUCGUAUUAAAGCCCAUCUUCAUGAAGUACAUCUGAUUUAAACUUGUGGAAAUAGCUCAGACAUCAUCUCCCGUUCAUCUGAAGGCGCUCAGCAUCACCCGCUGCACACACCUGGAAGAUGAAGCUGGCUGGAUUCAUGCUCCUCCUCAUCAAUUCAGCGGCCUCCAUCAAUCUCAAAUACAUCUCCAAGAGGAACUCAGUGGACGGCUGUAUUGACUGGUCGGUGGAUCUGAAGACGUACCGUGUGUUGGCCGGAGAGCCUCUGAGGGUGAAGUGUGCUCUCUUCUACAGCUACAUACGCACCAACUACAGCGUUGCCCAGAAUGCCAAGCUGCGGCUCAUCUGGUACAGAAACAAGGGCGACUCCGAGGAGCCCAUCAUUUUCUCGGGUCACCGGCUGAGUAAGGAGGGAGACUCCAUCUGGUUCCGCUCCGCAGAGAUGGAGGACAAUGGAUUUUACACUUGUGUGCUCAGAAACUCCACGUACUGUAUGAAGGUGUCCAUGUCUCUGACGGUGGAGGAGAGCGAGGAGGGACUGUGCUUCAGCAGCCGGAUACGCUAUCAGGAGAACGCCGAGGUCACCAAGAGCAAGAUGAUCAGCUGCCCGGACAUCGAGGACUAUCUGGCGCCCUACAAGCAGCCCAUCAUGACCUGGUACAAGGAGUGUGAGAGGAAAGAGUGGAGGAGCUCCAUCAUCAUCAACACCACCAGCCUCUGGAUCCCGGAGGUGCAGAAGGACGACGGAGGGAACUACACCUGUGAACUCAAAUACGGCAGCAGAGUAGUGAGACGGACCACAGAACUCAAAGUCACAGCUCUUCUUACGACCAGACCACCGAAAGUGCUGUUCCCAUCAGAGAGACAGGCCAGUGUCAUAGACGUCCAGCUCGGAAUGCGUCUGGUCCUGGACUGCAGGGCUUUCUUCGGCUACAGCGGAGAAUCGCGGCCCAUCAUCUACUGGAUGAAGGGAGAUAAGUUCGUGGAGGAGCUGGAAGGACAUAUACGAGAGAGUGAAGUCAGGGUGAUGCGGGAGUUUCUGGGGGAGAAGGAGGUGGAGCUGUCGCUGAUCUUUGACGCUGUGGAGGAGACAGACCUGGGAAACUACACCUGUACGGUGGAGAACCACAUCGGCCGAGGCAGCGGGAGCGCCAUCCUGCAGAAGAAAGAUGUGUACAGGCUGGAGUUGGUUGGUGGACUGGGUGCCAUCAUGCUGAUAUUGGGGAUCUUCACAGCCAUCUAUAAGUGCUAUAAUGUGGAGAUCAUGCUGUGCUACCGACGACACUUCGGCAGCGAUGAGGCCAAUGACGACAACAAGGAAUAUGACGCCUACCUGUCCUACACCAAAGUGGACCUGGAGUCGGUGGAGCAUGAGAUGAGCGAGGAGGAGCUGUUCGCUCUGGAGAUCUUACCAGACGUUCUGGAGAAACACUAUGGAUAUAAACUCUUCAUCCCGCACCGGGACCUUAUUCCCAGCAGCACGUACAUCGAGGACCUGGUGCGCAGCGUGGAGCAGAGCAGGCGUCUCAUCAUCGUCCUGACCCCUGAGUUCGUGGCCCGCCGGGGCUGGAGCAUCUUCCAGUUCGAGCCGCGGCUGCACAGCAUGCUGGUGACGGGCGAGAUCAAGGUGAUCAUGAUCGAAUGCUCGGACCUGCGCAGCGUCAUCAACUACCAGGAGCUGGAGGACCUGAAGCACACCAUCCGAGUGCUGUCGCUCAUCAAGUGGUGCGGGCCCAAGAGCAGCCAGCUCAAGUCCAGGUUCUGGAAGCAGGUGCACUACGAGAUGCCUGCCAAGAGAAAAGAGAGCGUGUCCCGCCGACAAGUCCUGGACUCGGGCGAGCAGGGGCUGUUCGGUGACCUGCAGGCCGUAUCGACGGUGGCUAUGACCACCACCUCGGCGUCGCUAGCGCCGGCUCACGUGGAGAUCCCGGACUACAACGAGCCGGGACACCUGCAGAUGCGCCACUUCUGCCGCAGCUAUGAGUACGAGCUGCCCAGCUCUGCCAUCGCCACGCUCAGCGGACGGCACGUGUACUGCAAUCUGCCCAUGACUCUGCUGAACGGACGGCCGGCGCACAACGACAUUGGCAAACCCAAGAAAGACAUUCACUUGAGCAGCCCAUUCGUGCCGCUGUCCGGACCAGAGCUUUCCAGUGACAUCUGGUAGAGCGGCUCGGCCAAACAUCGCUUCGCUGAUCUCAUCCUUCCUUCCUUUUUAUCUGCAUGAGUUCAUCUUGUUAAGAUUGAAAUACACAUAGGGCCAGUUUUACUAACAGCUUGUGCCAGCGCAAACUGUCUUUUGUUGUUAAAACAGUACUGUCAGGAUUUACUAAAGAUGCACAGUGAUGAAUUAACGCUGAAAAAGUGUGGACAGUUAUUUGUGCGCCUGACCUUACUGAAUAUGCAUUUGUAGGAGUUUCCCUUUUAGAUGCUAAAUUUAUGGGAGGAGAGUAUUCAAAUGAAUCACGUAAUGAGAUUUACUAACGUUUGCGCUCGUCAAAUUACUGGUGUUUGCGCCAUUAUUUAAUGCCCCCCAAAAAAGCAUGUCUUACUAUUUUGCUCUUGAAAUGGCUGCAGUUGUUGUUGCGGAGAUCAGAGAGUGUGUGGUAGAAGAGAGAGGAUUUUUCCAUGUGUAAUAAUUUAUUUGGAAUGUCAGAAGAACACAUUAUCUGAAAAUAUCGUUUGCCAAGCCAUGCUAUUUUUAAUUUGCUUCAGGAGAUAAAACCCUCAACUAGGAGCCACGCUAUACGAGGUCUGAAAAACAAUUGAACCAUCACAGAAAAUGCUAAUGGAUUCCAUUACAAAUACCAUUACAAACGUUACAAACCAUCAACUUUUAACCAUUAAAACCAUUAAAAAAUGGUUUUCUGUAGUCUGUUUUGGGACAUAUUUCAUUAGGAUUUUGUUGUUUAAACAAGCCACCAAUAGAAGGUGAUCAAUUACCAGUAGAGAUCCACAGGACCAUUACAGUUUCCAUUAAAGGAGUCAUAUGAUGUUGCUAAAAAGAACAUUAUUUUGUGUAUUUGUGUAAUA